CUCCGAAGAAUGUGGCCUAUGAUACGUGCCUACAGUUUGCGUUUGAGAUGCAUUUUUAAAAGGUAAGAAGUUAAAAACAGCUCUGUAUUUUAGCAGCACAUGUUUCACUUGGCUAAGCACUUGCAGGAAGUAUAUGAAGGCUAUAUGACCUACGUGAUGAGGCAGGGGCCCUGCAGGUUAUCAGCCCGGCUUCUCUCAGCCUGAACGCAGCACAUUCUCGUGAGUUAUUCUGAGCUGUCACGAUCUUAGGGUUUUCCUCACUGGGCCAAGGGGAGGGGCAGCAGGAGGAACCGGUACGUAGCCCCGCUUCCUGUGCGUGAUCAUACUUCCUACAUUUGUCAUAUCAAAAUUACUACAGCGGCUGAGUCCUUCAUUUUUAGGUUAGUUCCUUUGUAUUAAGAGUUUAUGCCUUUCCUCACAAACUCCCCGAGUGAAAGUAAUUCAUGUGUCUGUAUUUUCCUGCUUAGUUACUGCCUCUCACUUCCUGUUUUAACUUGUCAGCUUAAUGUCUCUGCAUUUUUAAUCGUCUCUGCAUGCUCCUAACCAGCUUUGGAUGGCGUUCACUCUGCUGACCUUUAUGGAGGUUUCAUCAGAUGAAAUAAAGGCUCGCCUUUGUUGCUUCAGUUUUCCUCAUCCUGCUCCACAUGACUUCAAAUUCAUCAACCCUCCAAAAUAAAUAUUUAAAAUGUAUUUAAAAACAAACACUAAAUGUUUUGUGUUUAUUUCCUCCUUCGACUUCUGCUGACCUCAGAACCUCACUCCAGCAGCAGGAAGUGAAUGUAGUCUGACACUUGAGUCAGCUCGAGUGUGUCAUUGCAUCACCAGGACACAUCUGUGGAGUGAUAGGGUAACCACAGGGUGUGCCACACACAAGUGCUGUUAUUAAAGUAUGAGGGAGCUGCGAGGGCUCCAUAUUCCUGCUGAUGGUCCAGUAGGAGGAUGGGCCGGGGUGGGAAGAUUUACAGGGAUGAACUCAGUGCCUGAGAACUGAUGUCAUAUCAUGUCAUCAUGCACAAAAAAUAGAGCUGAGACCACAGAGAGCUCACCGGCUAAAAACUGUGAAUUAAGAUAAGAUCACAAUCUGAUUCAUGCAAAUACUCACAUUGUGAGAACACACAUCAUGAGUCACCCCGCUGCUGUAAAGUAACUCAUCGCUCCCACUUUUCUGUAGCCUGCUGUUCCUGAUGCUGACAGUCCACGUGACAAAGUUCCCACAUUUUUCUACAGAAAAAUAUGAGCGAUGAGUGACUUCACAGGAGCAGGGUGACCCCAAGAGGAUUUUUUUCCAUGUGAAGAGUCAGGAAUGACCUCGUUUUAUUUUUAAAUACAUACAAUACAGUGUUUCAUGGCGCUGUGUUGACAUUUUGAAAACUUUUCAUUUGAGUUCUUCUUCUCUCAGAAAAAGAAGCCGACAGAAGCUUUUGUGACUCUGAUGUGUAAACCCUGAGAUGUACUGUUGAGGAUCAGAACAGCAGCAGUUGCAGAAAACCUGACAAUAUUCACGUUUCAGACGAUAAACCUUUUUCUGUAAAACAUAAACAUCUGUCUCUACCUUUAAAAAAAACAAACCAACAAUGAAACGUGUGAAAUGUUUAAAAAGAGCUCACGGCGGAGUUUAUUAGAGGUACGAGGCUGUCUGCUCGCGGUGUUCUGAGAAACCAUCCUACUCUGACAAAUCGUCCUACUCGUAUUAUAAUUUGACGGUGACUUGUGACUAACCCUACCCAUAACCUUAAGAAGUAUUCCAGAGAGAAAAAGUUAAUUUGGGUUCGGUGUUAUGCGCAUGCGCCGCGUCAGCGUAGAAACAUUGGUUAGGACGUUUUUUGACCGGUCACAAACACAGCGCACAGCCAGCAGAGGGGCGGGGCCGCAGCGAACUGUUUCUCAUGCGGAAAUGUUGAUUUUGAGGAGAUCCCCAUGGCAACCAGGCAACCGUAGGAGCUCCGCUUGUGUAUUUAAAGCAGCUUCAAUGGAGCGUCCGCCAGUCUCAGCCGUCCGAAGUCAAGAUGGUCGCGAGCUUCCUGCAGUUGGUAAAUCACAUCACAUUAGCGCCCCGGGCUCGCGGACAGCUCUCUCUGACUCUCACGCGUGUUUCUGCCACUUUGCAGAUCUCUCUGCUGAUCCUCCACGAGCUCUGCGCCGCCGCCUCCAACUCCACGUGUCUCAGCGCCGAGAAGGUGGAGGCCCGCGAGCGAAAGUUUGACGUGAACCUGAAGAAGCUCGGCCUUCAGCGCGACGCCCGCGAGGACCAGAAUCUGACUACCUGCGAACACACCUGCGAACAGGCUGCCCAGCAAAUGCACGAGCUCAACGGCCGCGCGCUGUCUCCGUGGCAUUACUACAUAGACCGAAACGACAGCAGGUAUCCACGUGACAUCAUCUUUGCCGAGUGCCUUUGUAAGGGAUGCAUCAUCGACGGGCGCGAGGUGAACGACUACAACUCUGUGGAGGUUCGGGCUCCGAUGGUGGUCCUGAUGAAGACCAAGUGUAAGGACGCAGACACAUAUCGAGUCCAGAAGAUGCGUAUCGAAGUCCCGGUGGGCUGCACUUGUGUAAGGCCCAAAAUUACUAAGUGAUCUGAGAAACUAAGCUUUACUCACACUGAAGGCCAUUUAUAGCUGUGCAGCACCUUCACUUACACUAUAAGAAUAUUUAUCACAGCUUUCUGCCUGCAUGUGAAAAUGUUUUCUGUAAGUAGUAGUAGAAGAUUUUCUGUCCUGAAGCUGCCAGUCCACACCACAAUAUGUCAGCAACUAUCCAGGCCCGUUUUGGUCUGGAUAGUUGAGAGAAACUAACCGUGAUCGGUCAUUCUGGAGUCUUAAUCAUAAACAGCACCAACACUAAAGCGCAGACAGACUCAGAGGCUUCACGUCCUCAAAGAGCCUCAGACCUUUGCUGUGUGACAGAAAACUAUUACAGCUGCUGCGCUGCUUUGUGCAAAUACAUAUCAAGCUUAUUUAAUAUAGCACUUUAUCUCCAACUACCUGUAACUUUCCUUCGUCAUUCAGACGUUACUUGCAAGUGAAAACUGGUGGUGAUUUCUUUUUGUUUAAAACUGAGUUGUGAUGAAGACGGAUCCAUCAUCCGUCCGAGCGUCAGUCUGCUCUGUAGAGUUUAAUGAGUGACUUAAAUCAGGCAGGACUGCAGUCAGUCAGGUUUUUUGAUUAUUUCUUGGAAUAACUCGUCUGAAAGCAGCUUGUUUCCACCUUUCAGUAAACGUCCAACCAACAGACCAGAAACUCCAAAGAAAGUGAGAUUUCUUCCCAUGUUUUUUUAAAAUUAAAAAGUCUCUUUUUCCUCACACGGUUAAAACUGUGAGACCUGCAGGUUUAACCUCUGAAGCACAGAGACUUCACCAAAGACACGAGGAUGUGCUUUCACACUUUAGUAUUUAUUUUGUUGUAUUUUAUUGUAUUUUUUGAGUAGUUUGCACAUGCAGAUUAAUGUGAAAUGCCACUAAAGCAGAGUGCCGCUGUAGCUUCACUUUAUGCCAGAGCGGCUGGAAGCGUGAACAGAAGAUGAAUAGUUCAACAUUUGGGCAAAUUUGAGGCCAGGAGACGUUAGCUUAGCUGAGCACGAAGCCUCGAGUUUUAAUGCAACGAUGAGUCCAAGGAAAGAUUUUAGUAUGUUUCAUUUACCAAAGAAGAAGCAGAGAGACAGUCAGCUGAUCGACUGUUUCACGGUCAGUAACAGCAUCAUGUAAAUGCACUGAGUUUACUAAGGAAGAGUCCAUAAUUACUGUCGGGACUUCAAAUAAAUAUGUUUUUAAUGUGACUAAUGUUGUUGUCAGAUGGAUGCAGAGCAGUAAAAAGCUGGUGAGGUCUCUGACCUGCAGCAGAGUAAAAGUCAGGAUGCUCGAGCUCGGAACAAGUGGCUGAAAAUCCUCUAAAGCUGACUUGGUUUGGAUCCUGGCAGAAACGCUGUGAGCCUUUACAGAGACGCACCUUUUUCUGCUCAGCUUAGCAAACAGCUUCAUGGCUCCACAUUUAGCAGAGCGAUGUGAGAGCGGUCCGACCCCCUCAAGCUGUGAAGGAAUCAAAUGUUAAACUAUGCAAAACAGGACAGUAUUGGGCACAUGCACAAUAUGAAGAAGCUGCACAUGAAUUAGCUUUAAAGAGACUAAAAAGUAAUGAAGAGAGGAGAAUGAAUGUGAAGAAAUGUUUUAGUUUCACUAUAUUUCUUUGAGAUAUUGUUCAUGUUUUUAUUUAUUUGUAUUUUCAUGUGAGGUAAUGAUGCAGAUUUAAUCCCUUUGAAGAGAUUUUUAAAGCUGUUUUUGUCAAACUGUCAGUUUCUGCUGGAUAAAGGUGUAAAGCAGGGGUGUCAGACUCAGUUUGCAUUGUGGCCACAUACAGCCCACCCUGUGUUAAAAGGCCCGGACCAGUGAAAGUGGCCUUUCUGUCAGCGUAAAGAAGCUUAAGUACAUAUUUAAUCCCUGACAUGUGUUCAUAUGAGACCAAGAAGGGCAGUCUGCACAGUACAGCUCAGUUUUUCUACGUGAUAAAUAAAAGCAGCUGCAGGAAAGAAAGAAACCUGCCAGCCUGACUCUUUGGGCUUAAAUGUUCAGAGAGCUCAUUCCUCACACUGUACUUAUAAAACACCAAGUUUUUGUUAAUUCACAGAAAACUUUUACUGUAGUCUCAUUAUUGAAAAAAGAAAUUUUCUGCCCUCAAACUGAUUUUCUGUUAUUUUAUUUCUGUGUUAUAGUAUGAAUGUGGAUGGUGGACGUCUUUAUCAGUAAGAAAAGCUGCAAACUUACGGAAAUACAGUUAAAAGGGCAAAAUGUAUGCCUUCCUUCACUUGUUCCACCGGCCGAAUUAGUCUUUGCUGGGCCCCGAGCCUCCUGUUUGACACCCCUGAUAUAAAGACACCUGUGAACUUUAAAAUUGUAUUUUUAUUUAUUUAACCAGGAAAAAUAAAACUCUUGAGAUUAAAAUUUCUUUUACGAGAGUGCCCUGGCAAAGAAGCACAAGGACUGACUUUUUGUUGUAAUUUGUGUUAUAAAUGUACCGUCAAAGCUUUGUUUUUAUUUCUGUAAUCUUUACGUUAUAAUUUCAGGAGAGUUUAGAAGCGAACCGGGUGUGCGCUGACAUGAAGCCGCGUUUAUUUCAUUUACACUUGUGAAAUCCUCCCUGACUCCUGUGCGGCUGAUCGUUUCACCUCAAAACGGUUCAACAUCUCCUUAAAAGAACAUUGUGUAACUAUUUUACUGCCAAUAAAUGAAUUUGUUUCUA